GAAGUAUUAGGGAGUGUGAGAUGACUGCAGUCCUUCAUAAACAGGCUGCAGCGUUCUGCUCUGGUGAGAUUAGUUUUAUUCUCAGUUUACGUAGAAAUCUCAGUCUCAUUUUCAGCACAGUGACCUACAACGUCAAGUAUUUACAAACCUAAAAUCAGUGCAUGAUUAAAAUUAAGCUCUGAUGGUUUGGACUGGAGAGAACAACAGCAGCAGUAAAACAAAAUGGCUUCUAGGUUUUCAGAGGAGGAUUUCUCCUGUCCUGUGUGCUGUGAAAUCUUCAAGGAUCCUGUUGUUCUGAGCUGCAGUCACAGUGUGUGUAAAGUGUGUUUGCAGAAAUUCUGGGAAACGAAACAAUUCAGAGAAUGUCCUAUUUGUAGGAGGAAGUCGUCUUUAGAAAACUCGCCCAUAAAUCUGGCCUUAAAGAACCUGUGUGAGACUUUCUUACAGGAGAGAAAUCAGAGCUCUUCAUUAGGGUCUGAAACAGUCUGCAGUCUGCACAGUGAGAAACUCAAACUCUUCUGUCUGGACGAUCAACAGCCGGUGUGUUUGGUGUGUCGGGAUUCAAGAAAACACACUGACCACAAAUUCUGUCCCAUGGAUGAGGCAGCAACAGACUUUAAGGAGGAACUCAAAACUGCACUAAAGCCACUACAGGAGAAACUGAAGAUCUUUAAAGACUGUAAACUGAACUGGAGUCAGACUGCAGAACAUAUAAAGAUUCAGGCCCAACAAACAGAACAUCAGCUUAAGGAGCAGUUUGAGAAGCUUCACCAGUUUCUAAGAGAUGAAGAGGCAGUCAGGAUCGCUGCACUGAGAGAGGAAGAGGAGCAGAAGAGUCAGAUGAUGAAGGAGAUGAUUGAGAAGUUGAGCAGAGACAUAUCAUCCCUUUCAGACACAAUCAGAGCCAUAGAAGAGGAGAUGAGAGCUGAGGACAUCCUGUUCUUACAAAACUACAAGGCCACAGUAAAAAGAACCCAGUGCACACUGCAGCAUCCAGAGGAGCUUUCAGGAGCACUGAUCCAUGUGGCACAACAUCUGGCCAACUUAAAGUUCAGAGUCUGGGAGAAGAUGCAGGACACUGUCCAAUACACACCUAUAACUCUGGACCCUAACACUGCUCAUCCUGAACUUAUUGUCUCUGAUGAUCUGACCAGUGUGAGAUCCAGUAAUGAGGAACAGAAAGUUCCUGAUAUUCCAGAGAGAUUUGAUUAUUGGGAAUGUAUCCUGGGCUCCGAGGGCUUUAACUCAGGGACACACUGCUGGGAUGUUGAAGUUAGAGACUGUACACACUGGGCAUUGGGUGUGAUGACAGAAUCUGCUCAGAGAAAGGGGUGGAUAUUCUCCAGAAGUGGAAUCUGGUGUGUGAGGUAUUAUAAAGAUGAAUAUAGAGCAGCUUCUACACCACAGCCAGAGAGUGAACUCUCAUUAGCACAGAAACUCCAGAGGAUCAGGGUGAAACUGGACUGGGACAGAGGAAAGCUGUCAUUCUCCGACCCUCUCACAAACACACACAUACACACUUUCACACACACAUUUACUGACAAAUUAUUGCCAUAUCUAUAUGUUUCUGGUAAAGAAUCUCCUCUAACGAUCCUGCCACUUCAGUGCUCUGUAAGAGUGAAUCAGAUCAGUUAGAGCUGAGAUUGUUUUAUUCCAGUUCACUCAUGAAAUAUUGCAGAUUAAAAGAUUCAUAUUCUUUGUGAAAGUUUGUAAAUCAAAAUAAAGUGAAAUACUAAAAGAGAAAUAUUGACAGAAACCAUUUAGAAAACAACUGCUUAUGUCAGAACUGAAAAGCUUAUUUAAUUAUUUAAAUAAUAAAUUUUAGUGUUAAACUAUUUAGUUUAAUACUGUAAAUCAUGAAAUGAAAUUUACAUUAAUACAACCAGGCUCAAGCUCU